CCUUCUAUUUAAAAAAAUUUCCACUCAAUCCAAUAAAAAAAUUCCAAAUCCGUUGAAUACAAAUAAUUUAGCUCUCUUUAAUUCAUAGUCGUGCUUGUAUAAAAGAAGCUGCAGCAAUUGGAUGUCUGCGGACAGCAAAAUCUUGAACCGGAAAACUCUUUCGCAGCAAAACCAUAACCCAGAAAAAAGAGGUUAUAAUUUGUGGUACUAAUAUUUUCAAUUCUCACUUAAAUUUUCACAAAAAUCCAUUUUAUCUGAGCAAUAGUAGAAAUGCUUGCAAAACUUCCGCUAGAUUCCAGUUGCUUCAAUGUUUUAUGCUCCUCAAAAACCACACCACCCAACAUCACAGGAGCUUCCCUUUCGAUUUCAGUUUCAGUUUCUCCAAUUGAAAAACUCGAACCAAUCACUAAAAGCAACCAACAAAUACUUGUCGGUACUCACAAUGGAGGGGGAACCAAGAAAUUCAAUGGAGUUCGAAAACAGAGUCUUGAUAAUCAGCCUGAGCCAAGUAAUCAGAUUUUGGAGAAAAACCCAGAUAGCGAAAGGAGAGAAAAAACGAGGGGAAGUUUCAAAUUUAUGAAUAAAAGAGGUAAAUUCGGUACAGUUUGUGGAAAAUUUCCCGUGGAGAAAUUGCAGGCCAAGUGUUCGACGAAAUGGGCUUCUUAUGGAGGUUGUAUUCCAGCGAUUUUGGGAGCUUUGGAUAGCGUUAAGGAUUUGGAUGAGGCAUUAAAGCCAUGGGCUGAAAAGUUAAGCAACAAAGAAAGGAGUAUAAUUCUAAAGGAGCAAUCUAGUUGGGAAAGGGCUGUAGAGAUUUUUGAGUGGUUUAAGAGAAAACAGUGUUAUGAGUUCAGUGUAAUUCAUUAUAAUAUUAUGUUUAGAAUUCUUGGUAAAGCUCAUAAAUGGGGUUAUGUUGAGAGGUUAUGGAAUGAGAUGAGUUUUAGAGGGAUUGAGCCGAUUAAUUCUACUUAUGGUACUCUAAUUGAUGUUUAUAGUAAAAGUGGGAUGAAGCAGCAGGCUCUUUGUUGGCUUGGAAAGAUGAAUAAGCAAGGAAUGGAGCCUGAUGAGGUGACUAUGGGAAGCGUUGUGCAGUUGUAUAAGAAAGCAGGUGAGUUUCAGAAAGCUGAGGAGUUCUUUAAGAAGUGGUCAUUGAAUGGAUCUUCGAGGAAUGGCGGAAGUGAAGCAUUCGGUGCAGUGGAAAGUGAUUCACCUUUACGCUCGUAUACAUACAAUAUUUUGAUAGAUACAUAUGGAAAGGCAGGGCAGCUUCAAGAGGCUUCUGAAACGUUUGAAAUGAUGCUUAGAGAAGGGAUUGUUCCAACUACUGUUACUUUUAAUACAAUGAUUCACAUUUGUGGUAACCAUGGACAGUUAGAAGAAGUGGCUUCACUGAUGAAGAAGAUGGAGGAGGUUCAGUGCCUACCUGACACAAGAACAUAUAAUAUUCUCAUCUCCCUCCAUGCUAAACAUGAUGAUAUAAAGAUGGCAGCAGGCUAUUUUGCAAAGAUGAAGGAGGCCUGCCUUGAACCAGAUCUUGUGAGUUUUCGCACCCUCUUGUAUGCAUACUCAAUAAGGCAAAUGGUCAGUGAGGCUGAAGACCUCAUACAGGAGAUGGAUGAACGACAUCUUGAAAUUGAUGAAUAUACUCAAUCUGCUCUGACCAGAAUGUACAUAGAAGCUGGGAUGCUUGAGAAGUCAUGGUUAUGGUUCAUGAGGUUUCAUCUUGCAGGGAAUAUGCGUUCAGAAGGCUACUCUGCCAACAUUGAUGCCUUUGGGGAGCGGGGACAUGUUUUUGAAGCUGAAAAAAUUUUUGUCUGUUGCCAAGAAAGGAAGAAGCUUACUGUCCUUGAGUUUAAUGUAAUGAUUAAAGCUUAUGGGAUAGGGAAGGGUUAUGAUAAAGCAUGUUGGUUACUUGAUAGCAUGCUGAGUCAUGGUGUUGUUCCGGACAAAUGCAGUUAUAGUUCUCUCAUACAGAUAUUGGCUAGUGCUGACUUACCACAUGUGGCAAAAUGCUACCUGAAGAAGAUGCAGGAAGCAGGACUUGUAAAUGAUUGCAUCCCUUAUUGUGCUGUGAUCUCAAGCUUUGUGAAAUUAGGAGAAUUGGAAAUGGCUGAAGGACUAUAUAGUGAGAUGAUUCAGAACAAGGUGGAGCCUGAUGUUGUUGUCUAUGGUGUAUUGAUAAAUGCUUUUGCCGAUCUUGGAAGCGUUAAAGAAGCUAUGAAUUAUGUUAAUGCAAUGAAAAGUGCUGGAAUACCUGGAAAUGCUGUUAUAUACAAUUCAUUGAUUAAACUUUAUACAAAAGUUGGCUAUUUAAAAGAAGCACAGGAAGUAUAUAAACUACUUCAGUUGUCAGGAUUCCACACUGAUAUGUAUUCUUCUAAUUGUAUGAUUGAUCUCUACAGCAAGCGAUCUAUGGUUAGUCGAGCAGAAGCGAUUUUUGAGAACUUAAAGCAAAAGGGAGAUGCUAAUGAAUUUACAUAUGCAAUGAUGCUAUGCAUGUAUAAAAGAAAUGGGAGGUUUGAGGAAGCCACUCGUAUUGCAAGACAGAUGAGAGAACUGGGACUUCUAACUGAUUUGUUGAGUUAUAAUAAUGUGCUUGGAUUGUAUGCUAUGGAUGGGAGAUUCAGGGAGGCAGUUAGAAUUUUUAAGGAAAUGGUGAGUGCUUGGAUUCAACCUGAUGAUAGUACAUUCAAAUCACUUGGAUCCGUUCUCAUGAAAUGUGGAGUUCCAAAGCAGGCUGUUAACAGGCUGCAAGUAGCAAGGGAGAAGGAUACUCGGAGUGGUUUGCAAGCAUGGAUGGCUACCCUUUCUUCUGUGGUUGGAAUGGAUGAAGAUGAUGAUGACUAUGCCUAGACAUUCUCUUUGCAAUUGACUUUUUGGGUUUGAGUUCAUUGUUGGAUCAUUGAAGCCUGGAGAUGACCCAAUAGACAAAACUUUAAUCAAAAGCCUCACAAUGUAUAGCUGAAGUUUUAUGCAGAUGUGUUUAUGACAUGAAAAUUUCAACCUGAGAUUUUUCAUCUUGGUGUUUGAUAUGCAGCACCUAGCACAUAGCUUGACACUGUUAAUCAACAUCAUGAUACUUGCUUGCUCGGUCUGUGUAGCAUUGAUAGCUGCAUGUUACUUUCCAGGCCUGACAAGAGCAUGUUCCUAAUUUUCUUACACGAUCAACUGGUUUGAUUCGUCCAUGGGCUAUAAUUUCACCCACUGGUCUCUCCCUGGUCUCUUAUUACACUAGAUCUAUGAACUUAAUCAUAACUGUGUACAGAGAUUACCACCAUAUCUGCAGUCAGAA